CCGAUUGACGAUAAGAAGCCAAGGCAGAUAAAAUGUCACCGUUGUAGAAUUGGAUUCUACCUUCUCCGUACAACCCCAUUUAUGAUUAGAUCUGGGUAGGUGUAUUUGCACUUGAUUCUGUCCAAUAAAACAAGAAGAAGAAGAAGAAGAGGAAGGAAUUGCCUCAACCAUCUUCGCACCCCUCAGACCUCUGGUUCCCCCAUGGCCAAUUUGCAUUUGGUUGUGGCGCCAUUUGUGGUAGUGCUCCUUGUUUCUUUCUCCUCUGCUUCUGCUUUUAAAGAACAAGGACAAUCGCUGAGGUUCAGCGAAAAGGGGGAGUUCAGGAUAUUGCAGGUAGCGGACAUGCACUACGGGGACGGAAAGACCACGCCGUGUGAGGACGUGUUGCCGCAACAAGUUGCGGGUUGCUCCGACCUCAACACCACCGCCUUCCUCCGCCGCAUGAUUGCUGCCGUCAACCCUCACCUCAUCGUUUUCACUGGGGACAACAUCUUUGGAUUUGAUGCAACAGAUGCAGCAUCCUCCAUGAAUGCUGCAUUUUCCCCCGCAAUUUCGUCCAACAUCCCCUGGGCUGCUGUUCUGGGAAACCAUGACCAAGAAUCUACGCUUUCUAGGGCAGGGGUGAUGAAACAUAUUGUUGGAAUGAAACACAGCUUGUCUCAGUUUAAUCCUGCUGAGGUUGAAGAUAUUGAUGGUUUUGGGAACUAUAAUCUUGAAGUCCAUGGGGUUGAGGGUUCAGCUUUCGAAAAUAAAUCAGUACUCAAUCUCUAUUUCCUUGAUAGUGGUGAUUACUCCACAGUUCCCUUCAUCCCUGGUUAUGGCUGGAUCAAACCCUCACAGCAGUUUUGGUUCGAAAUCACAUCCAAGAAGCUUCAGAGAGCAUACAUGAACGAGCCCGAGGCUCAAAAGGCACCUGCACCAGGGCUCGCAUACUUCCACAUUCCAUUGCCUGAAUUCGCAAGCUUUGACUCGUCAAACUUUACCGGUGUUAAGCAGGAAGGCAUUAGCUCUGCUUCAGUAAACUCUGGCUUCUUCACAACAAUGGUGGAAGCAGGUGACGUGAAGGCUGUUUUCAUUGGCCAUGAUCAUGUCAAUGACUUCUGUGGUGAGCUAACUGGCAUUCAUCUUUGUUAUGCUGGCGGCUUUGGGUACCAUGCUUACGGGAAGGCUGGGUGGGACAGGAGGGCAAGGGUGGUGGUAGCAUCUUUGGAGAAAACUGAGAAUGGAGGUUGGGGAGCAGUUAAGUCCAUCAAAACAAGGAAGUACCUUGAUAAUCAACAGCUCACUACUAUUGAUGUUCAGGUGCUUUGGAGCACUGGAAGCCGUAGAAAGAAACAGAUUGGCCGGCUUUGAGUGUUUUGCUGAGGUACAUUUAUCCAGUGAAGGCUAGGGAAGUGGAGAUCCAGUUCAGUGGACAUGUUUAGUUUUGUGAUGUUGCGUAAAGGCUUAGAUGUUGCGUAUUACACUUUGAGAGAAUUUUACAACAAUUUUACUGGAAACCGAAAGCAAAUGAAGUUAACUCAGAGAUGCUUAAUCAAAUCCUGACGUUGGUUGAAGAUGUGCAUUCUUGUGAAGCGUUCUCAUCGACUGAACUCUACGAGUUAUGCAGCACAUAAUAGGUGCUCAUUGGGAAACCCAAAUUUCGUUUCUACCACGUCACUGGAAACUUUUUUGUAUUCAAGGAAUUUGUUCGUAGAAUCUGUUCUCAGGAGGGAACAAUGGUUGCAGACGGUUGCUGAUACCUCAUAGAUCAAGGGGCAAAAGGAGGAAUCUGACCAAGGAGGGGCUUGCAUCUUUUAGUUAAUUGGUGACACAAUAGCUGACUAAGAUGAUGAUAAACAAGUGGUCCGAAAGGAUGAUUUUAAUUCUAGCGGGUUGCACAUCAAGUUCAGAGGUUAAUUACUACAAGCCGCAAGUUUUUGCGAUGGAAUAAGGAAAUACUGGAAUAUGUUUCCAACAUUGUUUUCGACGAUCAUUGUUCUGUUAUACUGCAAGCACUUUUCUUGUGGGCUGUGGCCAUCGAAA